AGCGAAAAUUUUACAUUUGAAAAGUCAAUUUACGGUCACAUCUGUUAAUUAGAGUGAAAUACAUGUAUAAAAACACGAUUGAGAGUAUCACAAUCAUUGUCUCAUUAGAAGUCGUUAAGUGUGUUGUAAGUUAAGCUUCGGUCAAGACAUAAAGAACAAUAUCUUGGUACAUUACAGAUGAACACAUUAGCAUAUGGCUUGGUUUUACUAGCAGUAAUCGUAGUUGUUCAGUCUCAACUUCCAGGAAUAAUUAAAGGUUGUCCUGGUUGCAGCGUAAAAGGGGUAUGUUACUUCCCUAACCAAGAAUGGAAACAGGGAUGUUGGACGAAGAAAUGCGUCCUUUAUUCUUCCGGUGAUCUACAAGGAUGGAAAACACCAAUAGUAAAAACACAAUGUCCAGAUAACCUUGGUAGAUGUGUCGAUCACGGUCAACAAGUCUCAGACGGAUGCUUCUGUAAAGUCAAUGGAUGGCAAUGGUCAGUGAUAGGAAAAUGUUAUGGAAAAUGAAAUAAAAAAAAUAAUGAAUAAAUAUUUUCUUUAUAGUUUUCAUGGAA